AUGUCUUCUGAGAAUAUUCAUACAAUUACAUCACAUGAUACAAAUAAAUUAACUCUAUUUAAUAAACAAAAUGUAUCAUUUACAUCAUUUUCUGUUCACUCUAAUAAACAUAAAAAAAUUCGGACACAUUCUAUUAAUUUUGAAUUAGAAUCAACGAUAAAAAAUCGACCUAAUCAUCAACGAUAUCAACAUCAUGGAUUUUCAACAUUCCCAUGGCAUAGAAAACAACAACAUAAAUCAAAUGAUUCAUUAGAAAAUACCGAACAGCAUUCAUUAUCCAAAACUAUUACUCAAAAAGAACAGUCAACAUCUGAACUUUCAAAAUCAAUUUCAAAACAGACUGCUACAUUUGCAUCGGUAUUUGAUCUAACUGAAUGUAAUCAGGUAUCUAAGAGUAUAAUAGAUGAUAAUAACAGCACUGAACCUACUACACAGACAGCGUCGACGUUUAACAUCAACAAUGAUAAACAUCAUGAUCAUACUAAGUCUUCAGAAAUAUUAGAACCACAAGUUCAAUCAACCGAUGCUUGUGAUGAUGAGCAAUCGAACACUGCGCAUAAUAGCCUUACAAACGAAGAUUCACAAGUGAAAACAGUUGUACAAUUUCCAGAUAUUACCAUUGAGCAUCUAACUAUGAAAGAUGAAGAUAAUGAAACAAACACAAUCGGUACCAUUGGUCUUUCAACUCGAUUUUCUUCUAUUGAAAAAAUGACGGACAAAAAUGAACAGGUUGAGAAUAACCUCGAUGAAAGUUAUUCAAAUGCGACAAAUUAUCCAUUUCGAUCUGCAAUUUUAUCACCAUCUGUAGAAGAAAAUCUUACAAUCGCUCAUCCAAUAGAAAAAAAGAAAAAAUUAAAUUUAAUUAAACAAGUAUAUCAUUCAAUUCAUCCAUUACCACGACGUUUACAUCAUCCCGCAUCGUCAUCAACAAUACUUACACCAUCAAUCUCCCGUCCAGUUGUUGUCUCAUUUCAAGACGAAAAUCCUACUAAUCAUAAAAAAGGUCCAUCCUGGUUAAAAAGAAUCUCUAAACUAAAUCGUCCAUUCUUCCAUGCAUUGGAUAAUAGAGAAAAAGAUAACACAUUAGAUUGA